AUGAGGAAUUCAAACUCAACCACAAACUCAACCACAAACUCAACCUCAAAGCAAGCGUUGAACCUCGCUUAUUCCCAGUCCAGCUAUGGAUUGCAACCUGUUCAACGCGAUACAACGAAGAGUCCUCUGCUGUUGCUGGCCAUCUUAACCGACCUGGAGGAAGCAAGCGAAUCGGCCCUAGUAAAUCACAUCCAUAACCCACCUAAGGAAGUUGAAAUUCAAAAAUGGAUACCAUCCGAAGCGCUUCUCCAGUCGAUAACUACGAAAAGUGAUCUUCAAGACAGUAUGGCCAGCCUGUACGGUCUUGCGAUCCUGGCCUAUCAAGCGGGGCAUUCACAACUUGUUGUGGCGGACAAUUUAACGAAGCGUCAACUGGAAGGAAUGCCUGCUCAGGGAGAGAGUUCACGAGUUUCGGUGGUUAUGGUUGCUAUUAAACCAGGCAAAGAGGAGGGUCACGUCCGCGUUAUUGCAAAACGAGAUGCAGUCGGCGAAGAUGGGCAAUGGCAUCUGCGGGAAACCCUGGGUAUCUUUGACAUCUCGCAAGAGUACAUCAUGGAUAGACGGUAUGAUCGCCCUGAUAUAUACGAUAUCUGCGGGCUGGAGUUGCAUGAUCCAGAUCGCACUGUGUUUACGCCAGACAUGUUGAAAUCUCUGGGACAAGAGAGUCGUCAAGAAGAUACCGAACAGCCCACUGUGCUACCUCUAACGCGAUUCGGCAGCGAUGAGCCAACUCUAGAUAUUUUUCUCUCUUUCCCUUCCACUUUGAAGGAGAGAGAGAAGCUACAAUCAUCUCUACAUAAGGCCUUGCACAAUCAAUAUCCAAAGGUGAAAGAAGAUAUAAAGAAGCGACGUGAGGAAAACGACGACGGUAAGAACGACGAAAAUUCCAACUCAGACGAGAUCAAAGAACCCAUUAUCCGACUGGUUCCAUGGGAACACGAUCAUAUCGCCUCGCGCCGCAAUUUAAUGCUCAUCUGGGAGACUUGUCAAUCUCAUGAUCCUUUCCCCUAUCGCCCCCGUCCUCUGUUUUUCUUGUUGGAACCAAUUGAGGGUGACAAUGUUAUGACUGCCCAGUUUGGGACUUUGCGGAAAGCUCCCACAGGAAUUAUUUUCCUAAAAAAGACUUUGGACCAGGUGAUCAAGGAGACAUUGGACUCUGACGUAUGCGGAUACGAGGAGAUCAAAAAGGACCUAGAGAACUAUGGACUGGUUGACCCAUCCAAAAUGGAAAUCAUGGAGGAUCCAGGUCAACCAUUCUAUCCCAAUCCUCCACCGUGGCUCCCUAUUGAUCGAAAAAUGAACGGGGCUCCCUUGUUCUACCUCACAAACAAAUUCACUAGUCAAAAACAGCGCGCCCUUCAAGACGAGAUUCAAACUCUUACAGAUGUUGAUAUAGACAACCAUCCCUGGGAAAAGGUAUGCUGCUUUGUCCCCUGGACAAGCGACGAGGAUGGCACCCUUACAGAUAUGUGGGAAUGCUUGUGGAAAAUAUGUUUUAACGAGAACCGGCUACACCGCAAUGAUCAACCUGGUUUAUUUGUUGAUCAGCAAUCAUUCGUUGACAAUAGCGUCAUCGCGGCUGAGAAACUAUAUUAUCACCUGGAAGAAGCGAGUGAAGAGGCUCUCAAGCUUCUCGAGGAUGUUCCCCAGCCAUCGACUAAAGGAUUCGCGUAUGGCCGGAUUCCGGGUCGCGAUACCCAUUGUGUUUACGCGAACCUUUCGAUCGCCAACAUGGCGUUGGAGGACUUUUUUAAUGGCCACGAGGACGCGAUCAAGAAAUUCAUCAGGCCUGAUUGGCCACAAGGUAUCCCAGAAGACGACGAAGAUGAUUGA